AUGAUACUAGAUAUUAAUGAAUGCGAAGAAAGAAGCAGCAAUUGCCAACAAGUAUGCAAGAAUAGAGAAGGAAGUUAUAUUUGUGAUUAUAUUGAUGAAUGUGAACUGCAUAUUGAUAUGUGUGAACACACAUGUAUAAAUGUAGACGGAUCCUAUAAAUGUAGAUGUUUUAUGGGAUACGCCCUAGAAGAUAACAGACAGACAUGUGUUUUAGAGCACACGUGUAUCAAUAAAAAUGGUAGUUAUGAAUGUAGCUGUUAUAGUGGCUUUGUUGCAACCAAUAAAACUCAUUGUACUAGUAAGUAUUUAACGUAG